AUGUCAAAGAUAUUAGAAUCAGAUAGAUCACGAAAAAACGACUUCCUAUACCCAUUUAUCUUUCGGGAGUAUAUUUAUACAUUUGCUCAUGAUCAUAGUUUAAAUAGAUCGAUUUUGUUGGAAAAUGUAGGCUAUGACAAUAAAUCUAGUUUUUUAAUUGUAAAACGUUUAAUUACUCGAAUGUAUCAACAAAAUCAUUUGAUUAUUUCUGCUAAUGAUUCUAACCAAAAUCCAUUUUUUAGAUACAACAAGAAUUUGUAUUAUCAAAUGAUAUCAGAAGGCUUUGCAGUUAUUGUGGAAAUUCCAUUUUCCCUACGAUUAGUAUCUUCUUUAGAAAGGUCAGAGAUAGUAAAAUCUCAUAAAUUACGAUCAAUUCAUUCAAUAUUUCCUUUUUUAGAGGACAAAUUUCCACAUUUAAAUUAUGUGUCAGAUAUAUUAAUACCUUACCCCAUCCAUAUAGAAAAAUUGGUUCAAACCCUUCGCUAUUGGGUGAAAGAUCCCUCUUCUUUGCAUUUAUUACGACUCUUUCUUCAUGAGUAUUGGAAUUUGAACAGUCUUAUUAUUCCAAAGAAAUCUAUUAUUAUUUUUAUAAAAAGGAAUCCAAGAUUUUUCUUGUUCCUAUAUAAUUCUCAUGUAUAUGAAUACGAAUCCAUCUUCUUUUUUCUCCGUAACCAAUCCUUUCAUUUACGAUCAAUAUUUUUGCGAGUCCUUCUUGAACGAAUUUUUUUCAAUGGAAAAAUAGAACAUUUUGCGGAAGUCUUUGCUAAUGAUUUUCAGGCCACCCUAUGGUUGUUCAAGGAUCCUUUCAUGCAUUAUGUUAGAUAUCAAGGAAAAUCAAUUUUGGCUUAAAAAAAUAGGCCUUUUCUGAUGAAAAAAUGGAAAUAUUACCUUGUCAACUUAUGUAAAUAUCAUUUUUAUGUCUGGUUUCAACCAGAAAAGAUCUAUAUAAAUUCAUUAUCCUAGCAUUCUCUCAACUUUUUGGGCUAUCUUUCAAGUGUACAAUUAAAUCCUUCAGUGGUGUGGAGUCAAAUGUUAGAAUAUUCAUUUAUAAUAGAUAAUACUAUAAAGAAACUCGAUACAAUAGUUCCAAUUAUUCCUUUAAUUGGAUCAUUGGCAAAAACGAAAUUUUGUAAUGCAGUAGGACAUCCCAUUAGUAAACCGAUUCGAGCGGAUUCGUCGGAUUCUGAUAUUCUCGACCGAUUUGUGCGUAUAUGCAGAAAUCUUUCUCAUUAUUAUAGCAGAUCCUCAAAAAAAAAAAAAAGAGUUUGUAUCGAAUAAAAUAUAUACUUCGACUUUCUUGUGUUAAAACUUUGGCCCGUAAACACAAAAGUACUGUACACGCUUUUUUGAAAAGAUUAGGUUCGGAAUUAUUAUAAGAGUUUUUUACGGAGGAAGAACAGAUUCUUUCUUUGAUCUUUCCAAAAGUUUCUUCUAGUUCGCGCAGGUUAUAUAGAAGACGUGUUUGGUAUUUGGAUAUUAUUUCUAUCAAUGAUUUGGCCAAUCAUGAAUAAUUGGUUAUGAAAACAUGUAAAUCGAAAUUAUCCCUAAAUGAUGAAGAUGAAGGGAUAACAAAAAAUUCAUUUAUUUUUAUUAUGAAAUGCUCCUACAAUAUACGAGUAGGGAUUGAGCAAUUGAGUAUUCAACUUCCUUAGAGGUUUCGUCUAGGAAGGGAACUGAGUUUUAGAUGUAUACAUAGGGAAAGCCAUGUGCAAUGAAAAAUGCAAGCACGGCUUGGAGAGGGAUUUUUU